AUGGAGGAACGGUCCCUUGGGGAGGUUCUGCAAUACUCUGGGCUCCCUAAGCGAAGUCGAGCAACUGAGGAAAGUGAGGAUGUGUCUGAGCUUCUUAUUGAUUUGCAUGUGAGUCCAAUGAUUGAAUCUGAGUUGAAUCAAGUAUCCUUUCUGUCUGAUGGUCCUGUAAGUUUUCAAGAUAAACUUAUGAAGAAGGUAGACUUGGUUAAGAAUGUGGGUAUCAACAUAGAUUGUUUGGAUGAUGCGUAUGAUGAUUUGAAUGAUGAGGAAGAUGUGAUAAUUUCUAGAGGUGAUCGUGGUCCUUGUAUUCAAUUUUAUGACCGUGCUAUGUCUCGUCUAGGCAAGCCUUAG